AUGGUUACCGGCGAUCCUAAACUUUCUCCAAAAAUUUUGGAACUACUUUCUAAUGUAGUGAGAGAAAUCACAGUGUCAUUGACAGAGCCGUUGAGCGAAUUCGUGGAUAUUUUGACGGAGUCAUUGAUGUAUCCAAGAGGAACUACAAACUCAUUGAUGAAUAUUCUCUGCAAGACAAAUGAAGAAAUUGAAAUUCGGGAAGCUGCUGAAUUUGUAAGUCAAGAUUUGGGAACUGCUUGUCUACUGGAUGCCGUGCACACCGCGAAACUUAUAGGAAAACUGAACGUGUUGAGCAAACGUAGAGAUUAUCCGCUCACACAGUCUGCGAUGCUAGAGGAAGUCCACAGUGCGCUUGUGAGUCUGCUGAAACAGCUAAGCGGCCAGAUGGAGACCUGCUCCCACCUUUUUUUCUACAAAGAUCUGUUACGAGAAAGCGUGGUGCAUUUUCGCCACGCAUUUGACGCCUUGCAAGAUCUAGACGCUAUUAGCGUGAGGCUGGUGUUAAGCGCACGGGAAUCCAGCGCUCCCGAACACCCACUUUUGGAUAUCGAUGCCAAGACCACAGGAUACAUAAGGACGUUCACAGUGACGAAUGCAAAUUGGCAUGAACAACUGCUGCUGGGGUCUCGCGCUUUGAAAGAAUAUCUGGUUCUUCACACGCCGAGUGGCGACGACUCGACAAAUGCGCUGUACGAAGAAGCCACGGUCGUGGUGCGAUCGCCGGUCUUCAGAAACUACGUCCAGGCUCGAAAAUCGCAGCUCAAGAUAACGCAUAGAAGGAUUUUUUAA